CGUCAUCGCCGCAUCUCCUUUCUUCUUCUCCUUCGCCGACCGGACCAGAGAGUAGCGCGAGAGUACUCCGACGCAGGUUCUACGUGAUUCAAUUCCUCGCCGUCUAUUCCUUUGCCCUCGCAGGAGAUCAGCGCCGUCCAUCGUCUCCGGCUUUUUCCUCUUUUUACGGGCGGGUUAUUGAAGACGGGUAACGGAGCAGCGACCCUCGACCCUCUCACUCAGGAUUUUGAAUUCUUCAAUUAUUCAAGGUAACAUGAAUGAUGAAUAAGGAACUAUCCCGGAGGGCAGCGAGGGCAGAGAGGUGGAUGGACGCUGGAUGGAGGAGUUAUCCAUUUUAAUAUUAUAAUUGAAUUAGUUAUGUUUUAAACGGCAAGAACCCAAAGAAGUAGGAGUAAUCAAAUUGACACGACACGGAAAUUAGGGGAAUAGAGCAAAUGAUAUACUCCGGUAAUUAAUUUUUUUGAAAAAAAGAGACCGUAAUUAAUAGCCCAAAUCGGCCUAUUUUAAUUAAAUUUCCUAAGUUGUUUGGUACCUCGUGUCUCUACAAAUCUUUGACUUUCAAACUCCUAUCCAAAAACCCCAUCGCCUUUAAAUACGCCAAAACCCCUCCCCCCGUGUCUCCCACUUUUCUCUCUCUCUCAUAACCAAAACUCUUUCUCUCUCCUCUCUCUUCUCUCUCCUCUCUUCCCAUGGCCGUUGGAGCUCCUCCUCAAUUCAAUUUCGGGCAGAUCCCUUUCCCUUCCGAUCCAAUGCUGCCCGAGGCUGCUAGGGCACCCAUGAAUCAUACUUUUUCUUCUUAUCUCUUGCCGGAGGUAUCCAGAAAGCGGGUCAGAGACGACGAGUUCGUUAUCCCCUCCGGCGAAGUCUACCAGUAUGAGAUUGACCGGAUUGUGUUUAAUCAUACGAAGAAGCUGAGAAUGGAAUUGCAAGAGAGGCAGAGGCGGGAGACGAGAUUACUGGCGGCGGCGAUCGGAGAAGGCGUCGGGAAGUUGGUGCGGGAGAAAGACGGGCAGAUUCAGAUGCUGGGGAAGCUGAACUUCGCCCUCCAGGAGCGGGUCAAAACCCUCUACCUGGAGAACCAGUUGUGGAGGGACUUGGCACUCACCAACGAGGCGACUGUCAACUCCCUCCGCAACGACCUCGAGCAAGUCCUGGCGCAUGUCGCCGCGGAGGAGCACGUCUCCGACGGAACCGUCACCGCGGCGGCGGCGGCGGAGGAAGACGCCGGGUCUUGCUGUGACAGCAGCAAUUCGGCGGCAGAGGAGGUGGUGGGGCAAGGCGGUGGCGUGAGGAUGUGCCGGAGAUGCGGGGUGAAGGAAUCUAGUGUGCUGCUGCUCCCAUGUAGGCAUCUGUGCCUUUGCACGAUGUGUGGGUCCACCCUGGUUUCUAGGUGUCCUGUUUGUUCUUCCAACAUGAAUGCCACAGUACAUAUAAACAUGUCUUCUUGAAUUUUCAUAGGAGUAUAAUAUUAAAAAAACAACAAGGGAACAUGCUUAUA